UCGGGACCUGGCCCCGAGCUUUAUGUAUGUCGAGCGCUCAUGGCGCGAUUUAUUAAAGGGCCGAUGGGAGGCCAAAAAUCAUGGCUUGGGCAAAGAUGCGGUCAUGAGGCCCCCAUCUGGCGAGGAAAAGACUUCGGCCCCGGUUUCAAAACUGGCGAAGGACAACAAGAUAAAAAAGGCCUCUGCCUCUGAGGAUCCAGAACUUAAGAAAAGGAUGGCUCAUAAGCCGAGGAAGAACAUCAUCCCUCUGACUGAAGAAUCUGUUCGGCAUAUAAGGGAUGAAGACGAAGAAGAAAAAAAUGACGGAUUCAUACUGGUCGCCUGGGUAAAGAAAACCAUCGAUGCCCAAAAGGAGGCUGGAUCGAUGGCGGUUGAUGAGGCUCCGCCUCGAACUGAGGGGAUAUCGGAGAAUGACUCGGGAAAAGUCCCCGAGUUGUUGAAAAUCGAGGAUGCCUCCAACCAAAGUGAACAAACGGUGGGUAUAUCUGAAGGGACCAGCCCUGAAGCCCUCCGAACUGAGGAGAACGCCCCAAGUGACUCACUUGGGGCAAUAGUAAUCAGAGACUCGCCCACUCUCCCUACAUUUUCUGAAAGGGCGAUUCGGGAAGCCCGAGCUUUGGGGACCCUCAAGGUAGACGGAGCUCAUGAGGGAGAGGACCCCUUCCGCGAUUUGUUUACAGGCAUCGAGGAUGCUGCCAGCCCGGGUGUCGCAUCGGAUCUUUUCUUCAAGGCUCAAUGAGCCUUGAAUCGGGCUUUAGCUCUUCAUCAGGAGGCUUUAAGUUUUGGGCAGAGCUAAGCCGAUGUGAGGCUGACUUCCGAGGGCUUUCGAAGGAGAGAAAUGCCCUCAAACUUCUUAGUGGGCAAAAAGAGGAAGAGAUCAAGGAUCUUCGAGCCGAGUUGGCCAAGGCUCACCAAGACCAGACAGACCUGAUCGGGUAGGUAAUGAAAAUUUUAAAAACCCAUGGGCUUGAUUCAGGAACGGUGGCUAAUAUUUCAGUCUCACAGCUACAACAGAAGAUUGAGAGGAUCGAGCAGUUCCACGAGGAGACCAGUACGAUAAAGGCGGAGUAUUUGGGGUGGAAAGAAGGUAUGGACCGUCUUGCUGCAGAAAAAGAGAUUGUUCAGGCCCAAUUGUCAUCGAUCGAAAAUCAGCUCUGAGGCCUGAAGGAAAAUAG